AUGGAUAACUUUGCAUGGCCACAUGAAGGCAAGGAACUAGGUGGCGCAGAGGUAACCGAAACGGUUCUGAAAAAUUGUGCAGAACACCGCAUUGAACGUGGAUUAAUUCAAAAGAAUGUUGAAAAGAAGCAAGACAACCACAUGAAGUGGGUAGAACAUGAGGAACAAACGUCACUAAAACAGCAGGAAAACUGGUACCAUCACAUUCACAUCAUCAUUCCCAUUCAGUCGUAUUUCCACGAGGAAAAUUCCGCUGCUGCCGCUGCUCAACAACCCCAACUAUCCACUUCCAACCCCGCAGAAGCUGAUGGCGCUAAGGAUGAACCAGGUGCUGAAGAAAACAAUUCCCAACACGCCUCUAACUCCGUGGUGUCCGAUCAAGUCAAGAAUUUUGCUCCAGAAGGGGACAAAUUCAAUGGCUUCUCCCCAACAACCGGGCCUCUCUCAAUCCCUUACUUCAAAGAACAAGAACCACAGGACCAGAAUAAGCCCUUCUCCUCCUCCUCCCUGAAGCCGUGUAUUUCAAGUUCCAACCCCGACCGAGAACCCCUUGGGCAUGCUUUCCACCACGUUCACACAAACAUGUACAGCAAUUGUGGACUUGCCGUAUGUGGUGGUGGUGCCGGAAAUACAGGAGCUCAUAAACGCACUUCAAUUGUCUCUUCUGCUGGUUUGAUUGCUGCAGAGUUGACCCCACCUCAUCGACCCCUUCGAAGAUCCCUCGGCGAACUGCCCUGGUCCUCGCAUGCCCUCUUAUUAACUCACAUUGAGGACACUACUCCUCACCCCCAACCUCCACCUCCACCCCCACGAGCUAAUCGAUCUGUUGUUUUGGCUACUACUACUGAGCCAACACAAUCACCCAAGACGUCUGCUGAUGCUAGUAGUUCGAAUGGACCGAGAUCCUCCUCUUGA